AUGAGCGAGACAACUGCCACUCCCAAUUCCAAUCCUCCCGCCAACUUUCACAGCGACACCCUCCACACUCAAAAGGAUACAGAUAAACCUUCAGCUAAGGAAUUAAAGAACCAGGCCAAAAAACGAAGGAAACGUAACAACAGGAAAAAGAACAAACACCCUGUUCCAGCUCCCCUAGAAGCUGCAAUUCCAGUCGAACCUAUUCCAAACAUUGACAUCGAGACCAAACCUCCAGAAUUAGAUUGUCCAGUGAUGCCAGUCCAUAACUUACAAAUAAGUCCACGAGAUCCUAUAAGCCCUCGUAGGCAAACAAUAAUGAGAUACAAAAAAAGUGACGAUACCAUCAGUAGUGGUUUAUUUAUUAAUGAAGCAAAGGGAAACCUCAAAUCCAACCUGUCAACCCUUGGCGAUACAUCCCAUGAGCAAACCAGUAGAAAACUCAAAACAAAUCACGUUGGUGAAAAAGAGUCGCUUUUUAAGUUCAGAAGCGCCCGGAUUCUUGUGUUUGAUGAAGAAAUUGGAGAAUCAAAGAAUAGCGCUUCUGCUACCUCGGGCAGACUAUUGGGACAUGGGGAAUUUGAAAUCUUUCAAUUGCACAAUGGAGAUGUGACUUACCUCUCCUGUGGUCCUUCUUUUAUAUACCCAUUGCUACCCAAGCUUAAGAUCCUAAGGAUUGCGUUCAAUCAGUUCAUCUUACCACUUGUAAACCCAGAAAGGUACUGGAAAAUCUUCAUAAACUCGGAUAAUUCAGAGAUAAUAGAGAGCCUUGGGGAUACCUUCGAACAAGUCGUAAAGUAUCGGAACUUGACCAUUGGUGCUGACCCUCCCAAAAACAACAAAAACGGUGAUUUUAAGCUUCCGGUGACUCCCAAAACGGUUAUGGAAGAUUCUGUUCUAAACUUCAAUAUGAACCACAUAUCAAAUGAGAUCCCCGAGUCUCCACCGUCAGUUCCAUUAUCUCCUCAUCAAAAUGGGCAAGUCAUAAGUGGCUCCCUUCAGCUUGGUUCUCCUUUGAAGCCACCUCAGCUAAAUUCCCAAUUUCACCCAAUGUCUAACUUAAUCUCCAGAGUCGACUCCGAUAAGUCGCUAUCAAGUGCGUUAGCAAGUCUUGACGUUGCUGGUAUAAGUCAAGUUCCAGGCAUAAAUAAUACUACUAUAAAAGUCCAUCAUCCAAAGCCUAAAAGACCUUUAGUCCCUUAUGCUUCGCCUAGGAUAAAUUCUGCUCGUCAUGAUACCAAAUCAGAUUCGUCAAUGGAUUCUUUACUUGAUGAGUAUGAAGAGUCAAUGUCGGUAUCCAAGUCCUUCACUUACACUAAAUCGCGUCCGAUGUCAAGAUCCUCUUCAUUCGUUCAAGCACCCGCAAAUUUCAAACGAAAAGAACACCUGAUGUACGAUGAAAAGAAAGAAGAGGACCUGAUGUUACACUACAAGAAGGCAUUUGACAGUGAUGAUUUCCCAACCACUUCACUUUCUGAAUACAACAAAACUCACAACAUUCGAUCCAGGAGAUCUUCUCGUAGCGAGUUGUAUACUUCAGAAUCGAAUUGGAUGGACCCUGACCCCAAAGCCAAUGCUGAAGUCAUUCCCCGAUUUCCCUAUUCGAGAUCAAGCUACAGUGUUCAUAGUGGGCAUGAUUUGAAUAACGGUGAUUUAAACAACACAUACAAGAAUAUUUACAAGUCAAUUACCCAAAGAAACUUAUCGCAGAUUCUAAAUGACCGGAACGAUGACUUGAGGUCGGUCAGGUCAUCUCAAAGAUUACCCACCAUUGAACAGUCAAGAACGUUGAAGACAUCCACUGGCUCCGUAAGAAAUGACUAUGUAAAUACCAGAUACGGUGAUCAAAAAUUGGCUCCGAGCACCAGUCUUAACUACAAUCCUAGCACCAAACAACCUAUUAAGGAAAACAUUUAUUUGAACUCAGAUGAUGUUUAUAAGAUUCUCAGCAAAAAAAAAGCAUCCACCGCCGAACCAGGGCCAAGAAGCAAAGGAUUUGCUUCUCGAUUGUUCGGCUGGUAA